AUGGAAUCAAAUUUAACCUCAAGUUUUCUUAAAAUUGGUGAUACAGUUGGUUUAUAUGCUGAAGGUGCUGUUUGCGGAUUUAUAAGUACACUUGGUCUUGUUGAUGAUCGUUGUGUUGUUCAACCCGAUGCCGGUGAUUUACAGAAACCCCCUAAAAAAUUUCGAGAUUGUCUCUUUCGUAUAUGUCCAAGUCAUCGGUAUAGUGCUCAAACACAAUAUUGGAAUGCAUUAAAAAGUCCUAAUACAGCUCGAGAUUUAAAAAAAUUACAAGUAGCUGCUGAUACAGAAAAAAAAACAAAAUGA